AUGCACGUCUAUCUUUGGACCACGUUCCACAGCCGACUGUGUCAACUUCUUCCAGUGACCUUGAUCUUAAACGCCUCCCUAGUCAUGAGCAAGUCCGGCUUGAUCCCUUACAUCGACAUAGUUGUUCCCAAACGACGAGCUCGGCAACUGAGCCUCAACGGAUCGUCCACAACCAGCGGGUCACCAUCUCAUUCACAACCCCCCGAACCUCCCAGCCCGAACCCAUCCCCCCGAAAAAGGAGAAAGACAGACAAGGAAUCCCUCGUCGAACUUGCCUUAUCUAAUUGGAUGGAUGUUCAAAGUAACUUGCAGCUAUCUCCUACUGCCUCAGAGUUUACGUUCGAGGAUGUGCAGAAACUGCCUUCAAGCGUCGCUUCAAGUUCGAAAACGAACCUGCUAUCUGACAGUCAAGACGAGGACGACACCGACUUUGUAUAUCGAAUUGACAACGAUGACUGUGCCGAGGAUGGGGAUUUCAUUGUGCCCGGAGAAACACCACGCACCGACGACGAUGACGAAAACGAAAUACCAGUUCGUCUUCUCAACGACUUCACAGUCUACAAUGCCGAAACGCUUAAAGCUGUCCCUAUUGCUGAACUGAUUGGAAUGCACCUUGGACGGGAUAUCACGUACGGCGCGUCUGGACUGGUUAAACCUUGGAUAGUUCCCGAUGACUUCGAAUCCGAGGACGAGGAUGACCAAAGUGACAAACAGGAUUCAGAGUCCUCUGCGGCUGAUGAAGACCGCAUCACUCUUUCAAAAAUUCUGGAGUUUAGCAUCCAUAGUCUCCCCGAAGACAAUGAUAAAAAACCUGAUAGUAAAAUAUACAUACGGACAAAAUUUGCUUGGUACAUUCUUGGUAUCCCUUCAAAAUCCUACAAUCCAUUGUUCUGGGAUUUCUGGCUCAAGCACCGAUUACUUCACUUGCUGGUUGUGGCAGCUCUUGAAGACCACAAACUUACCUGUGAAACAUUCAUUCAAAAUCUACGGGAAUGUGAUCGAAAUGAGGAAUCUGUUGUGUCAACACAGGAAAUUCUGGGCCGAGAACUCAGCAAAGAUGAUGUGAAUGAGGAGACCCAGGCAUAUAUUAUCUCUUGUUUGCCUGAUUUAUGCAAGCAAAACGGAAUCCCAAUUUCACGAGUCCCAGCUGUCCGCAAGCUCACACUCUGUGAGGUCUUGGAUGAUGAUAGCUCGGGUCACUCCAGUGGCAAGGGGAGGAGGAGGAAGGAUGAUAGAUCCAUGUCAUCCAAAGGCUUGCUGAAGAAAGAAACUGGGGCAAGCAAGACCUACCUCACCCCAAUUGUCAACCACAUUGCACAGGACUUCUUUAAAGGUUCUUUGGAGGUUGCUGAGUCCAUGUUGGAUCAUGAGCAUGAUGAAACUCUGCAGCAAUGUGAUCACAAAGGUCAUGAAACUAAUCCCAAGAAGAUUGUCUGGAGCAAGCAUCUUGGCCAGGAGUCAAACAUAUAUCAGAGUGUUAUUGUUGAUGGUAUCAUAUACCAGGUUGGUGAUGUGGUCAUGGUUGAGCCUGAGCACAAUGAUGAAUCAAGAAGUAAGCCAAUUGCUUCCUGUACAAAUAAUAGAUAUGGAAAUAGAUGGUGGUUUUGCCAGAUCCAGUACUUUCAUGAAAAGGGAUCAGUCAAGAUGUUUCAUGGCCAAUGGUUUGCUCAUGGCUGCAAAACACUGCUGCAGGAGGCCUCUCACUCACAAGCACUAUAUCUUUUGGCAACCUGUGAUGAUAAUCCAAUAACAUCUAUCUUCAAGAAAUGUAACAUCACUUUCUUACAUCCUGGUGAUAAUGAGGUCCAUGAUCAACAGGACCAUGACAGCAAUGACUUUCAUUGUGGGUUGAUGUACAGUGAAGAGUAUGCAGAAUUUCUUGAUAUCCCACCAGAAGCUCUAGUCAAUGAUUUGACAAGUGGAUCCAAAUUCUGCUAUGCUUGUGAUAGAAAAGUCAAAACUGACAGCAUUCAAAUCAUCAAAAACCCCCAAUCCAACACGAUCAUUGUCCAUGGCUUGCAGUACCACAUCAAUGAGUUCAUAUAUAUCCACCCAACUGGCCCAUCCAAAGUUCUAGAUAUAGGCCAAAUCAAGAAGAUUGACCAGCUUCAGAUUCAUAAGAAAAAACCAUUCUUAAGUGGAUUGAAUAAUGAAUCAUUUCUAAUAUGUGAUGAGUGUCAUCUUUUUUUCACCAAUGACGAGAUAGUUAUCUCUGCCCACCAGCUUGAUGGAAAGUGCCACAUUUCCUUCAUGACAGAUGAAAACAAAAUACAACAGUGGAUCAAACACAAUGAUCAUUACUAUGUCAAUCAAGAAGGUGAUGAAGAGCAUCUGACACCCAUGGAUGAUGAAGACAUAAAGCAUUGCAAAAUUUGCCGAAAUGAAGACAGAGAAAGGCGAACAAUGACCAAGAAAUUUGGGCUAACAAAUAGCAAGCUUGUUGGAAUGGAGCUGUUCAGUGGUGCUGGAGGCCUUGGUAUUGGAAUGAACCUAUCAGGCUUUGUUGAGACAAAAUAUGCUAUUGAACUAUGGCCAUCAGCAGCAAAAACAUACAAAACAAAUCACCCUGAUGUGACAGUCUACUGUCAGGACAGCAGCAAUCUGCUGAAGCAUGCAGUGGAGAAGAGGAGUGGCAAGAAGCCUGUGCCUCUGAAGUCAUAUCUUGACAAAAAAUCUCUUCCUCCACUUCCUGACCCUCAUGAAAAGAUUGAUUUCAUAUUUGGAGGCCCACCUUGCCAACCAUUCAGUCGAGCAAAUCAUACAAAGCAGAGGAAUGACAUCCGAACCACCAUGCCAUGCAAUAUGCUCUCCUAUGUUGAGCACUAUGAGCCAAAUUACUUUCUUCUUGAGAAUGUUGCUGGCUUUCUUGAUCACAAGUUAUAUGACAUGCAUGAGACUGAGGCAGGGCUUGUCGAGUGCGAGAUCAAGUUUGGGAUGGUUAAACUUGUCAUGCGUACACUGAUUUCCCUUGGCUACCAGGUACGAUUCAGACUCCUGCAGGCAGGACAGUAUGGUGUGCCACAAAGCCGUCAACGAGUCAUCUUCUGGGGUGCAAAACGUGGGCUCCCAAUGCCUGAGUUCCCAGUGCCUGUAUAUGCAUUUCCAAAGAGCAAUACACGCAUCACACUUCCAACUGGCAAAAUGCUGGACCCACCAACAAGGAGCAGAGACCCAGAUGAGUUUCACUAUCUGGCCCCACUUCGACCCAUAACUGUGCUGGAUGCAAUAAGUGAUCUGGUGUGUAGGCUUGCCCAGUCUAUUUGA